ACCAGCUGACUGGUGGCCUGUUCGGGAAGGGCUCUGCUUCUCUGCUCUACUAGUUACUCUGGUGUUUUCAGGAAGUAUUUUACGCUGUUGGAGCCUAGCAUGCUAGCUUGAUUUGUCUAUUCAUUGUAUUCAUUCUAUCAGAAGAAGCUAUUCAGACAUUUAUAUUUAGGUUGUUGGGAAACAGAAUUUCCAAAGAAAUGAGCGGUGACGGUGUUUUCAGCUUCAAUCCUUUUUAUUUUUAAAUCCCCGCUUCAGGUAUCGUUGACAUGGACCCCUUAUCUCAGGGCCACUCGAUGGAUGAUGGACUUCCCCUGUCUCCGUCUACCUGCAGCCUCCCCACGGCUUUUGAUCUGUCAACGAGACGGCGCCACAGCCCAAUGAAUUCCAGCCCUGUGGCGAGGGCUCCCAGGUGGUGCAGAGGGGUAGAUCCCCCGGAGAACAGCUCCGCCGCCUAUCGCAAUUCCCUGUCCACUCAGCAGGUCCAGCCAGAUAAUGCCUUCUCCAACACUACAGUCACACUGUCCUAUAUCAAUAGAUCGCAUGUUCAUUCUACCCAGGACCAAAUCGCUCCCAAGAUCCAUUCCGUUUCAACUCAAACAGGUAGUCUCUCCCAGCGCUCCCCACUUGAUUCCAAGGGGUGCAGACUUGUGAGUGCAGCUGGCAGAGAGAGAGGCGGGUGUCGCUUGCAAGCAGCUAACAGACACGUAGACGAACUGGCAUCACAGUCUAAGAACGUCAAGGCUUAUUCUGAGGUGCUGCCUAUGGAGCGGGCUAAGGGCAGACAGGGUGGAAUAGUUCGUCUUGCGCAGCAGGCCCCCGGCUUCAAUGGGAAACAUGAAUUUCUCGGACCUGGUGGAGCGGCGAGGCCUCAACGUUGUCAUGUCGACAGCGUUGCGGAAGGUGGGCGCAGGUUCUCCCAGUGCAGGGAAGAUCUGGGAAGAGGGGUUCCAAACGGUGUCUUCUGGGAUGCAGAGUCCUGCAUGGGCAAGUAUUCAAACUUCCGACCUAGCGUGGAGCAGAGAACAAGCGGAGGGGAGUCUUCUCAUCGGGGGAAGAGAACCUCCAGGAAACUUUAUAGCUCAUUAAAUGAGGACUUCAUGAGCCCUUUGGAUGAGUCUUUGUCCCCUGCUGAGAGCUCAGAAGACGAAAUGGAGGACUUGGGCUGUCUUCCUCAGACCCUAAACUCUCCCAGCUCUGACAGCCCUUACGCAGAGGAAGACAUUGCCGACGUGUCCGGGGUGAAGUCGGCGGAUGGGGAAGGCUGUCGGUUCACUGUGCAGUUUGUGGAAGUGAGCAGCUCUCCAGAAGACAGCUGUAGUGAUGAUAGUGAUGUCAUAGAGGUUCCCGUUACCAACAGGUUAGCAGUAUUGCCAGGAGGGUUACCGCAGUCGUUCAGGAAGUCACCAGUGCAAGAAGAGUGCCUAUCAAAAAAAAAGCAGCUGACUCAUGCCACCAAGAAGACGGAGCAGAAGGGGCCUGAGGAGCGUCUGAACGGGAACACGCUAGUGGAAGAGAGAGCAGUUGGAAGGAAGAAGCAACCUCCUCGUGCAGCGAGGCAGGAGGUUGUUGUUGGGAAUGUUACCCCACUUAGGUCCAAGUCAUCCAGUCACACCCAGUCUGUGGAACCGUGUGCUGAGCCCGAAACUCUGGCGGACCAUCCUGCAGUUUCGGACGGAGAAGAUUCAGUCAGUGAUUCGGCAUGCGAUUCCGAGGCGGAGGCGAGCAACCUGACUGAAGCAGUUCUGCCAGACGGCCACUGCAAUAACCUCCGCUCCAGCAGGCAGAAGAGCCAGCCGUCUACCUCAGGUUCAGAAGAUGGGAUCUUCUCCAAUUCUCACAACUGCAGCACGUCGUCCACCCCAAACGAGAUGGAGAAGGGGCAGGCAGGCGGUUCCCCACCCCGCGGCUGCCCGCAGAAAGAAAUUGUGAAAACCGCUAAAAGGCCGAAAAAAACGCAGCAGGGUCACGCCAAACGGUCGAGGACGGUCAGCAAAGCUGCGCAAAAGAGUGCUUGCAGUAAAAAGAGAAAGAAGUACAAGCCAGCCAGCCAGCCCUCUGCCUUCUCCCCACGGGAGCCAGAAAUCAAGCUGAAGUACGCCAGCUACAGGGAGGAGAAGAGAGAUUCCAGGGCUGUCUCCUUCGCGCCGUACGUGCACCUGGAGAAUAAGGAGUACUCCAGCUACACCGUCAUCAACUACCUGGAGGAGGAGACUGGCAAUCUGAAGAAGGGACGGCCACGGCAGAUGGGUCAGGGCUUGGUGACUGGCACGGUUCCCGGCUCGUCGUAUUUGGAGCUGGGUCGUCUGGACCCGGAGGAACGGCGGCGCACGGACCAGGUGUGCUGCCUCUGCAGCGGCUCAUCGGGGGCCCUGGAUCUGGGCGACCUCCAUGGGCCGUACCGUCCCCACGAGGGCCAGCAAGGACCCGGGGCCCCCGCUGAGCCGCAGGGCCCCAAAGGCCGCGAGGCCUGCAGCGACUCGGACUCCUCCUACGAGGGGCGUCCAGGGAAGAGCGAGCCGGUGGAGGGGGGGAGCGCACAGCCCCAUGGGCCGAAGCGAGAGGCGGCGGUGGCGGCUCAGUGCCGAUGGGUCUGCGAUGAAGACAGCCUGCCAGGCGCGGUCGCCAAAACGCCCUGCCCUGUGUCCAACCACAGCGACAAGCACAGCACCCCGACACAGGCGCAGGUCUCCAGGGACUUCUGGCUUCAUGAAGACUGCGGCGUAUGGUCGAUGGGCGUCUUCCUCGUGAGAGGGAGGCUGUACGGCCUGGAAGAGGCAGUCCGGCUCGCACAAGGAACGGUCUGUUCCACCUGCCAUGAACAUGGGGCCACGUUGGGCUGUUUUUUCAAAGGCUGCCCCAAUAAAUACCACUACAGGUGUGCUGUACAGUCAGACUGCGUGCUCAACGAUGAGAACUUCACCAUGAAGUGUACAAAGCACAAGAAUAAGUCGUUGAAAGGUGUGAGCAGAACGGAGAACAGGUGACGGAAGACUGCAGGCAGCCCCGUGCCAGGUUUGCUUUUGGGGAGGGAGGUUCUGUGCGCUUGCUGGGGUGAGGCGUGUGUGCCUCUGCUGAAGUGGAACACAUGGCUGCUGCCGACGAUGCCAUCCCGUCACUCACAGCGGUGGCUAUGGCGACGGCGGUGGAACGUCGGGUGGAGCAGGACUCCAGCGCUUCACCUUCCGGCUCCGCCGCGCCGCCAGCACGCCCCGCCUCAUCACAGCCGCCACGCCCAGCCACGCCCAGCCACGCCUAGAUCCAUGUGUAGUGCACCUUGCUGCAGGAGCCAGGCCUGAAGAGGAGGAGAUGUUCAGAGAGAGAGACACCUCGUAGAAGGGAAGAGUCAGUCAUGUCGUCUUUGGGUCACGAAGCCCUGUUCGCAAUGUUUGGCCGUUCUCCAUGGCAACAGAUUUCGUUGGUCUUUAUUAACGAUGCCAGUGGACAGCAUAUGAAAUUAGCAGUGCUGCUUUGGCAAAAUCUCCCGACGAUAAUGUUAGAAGCCUAAUGAUUACAAAUUUAUUGGUCAGUCAAGUGUUUUUUUUUUUUGUGUACGAUUAUCUGGGCAUGGAACAGGGUUUUACAUAUUUAAGGUUUGUCUUAAUUUAUAUUAAUGUCAAAGAAUGGUAAAUUAUUAUUUGAGGCAUAUUUUGAUGUACCAGACUAUUUGCCUACUUUUUAAUGGUGGGGGAAAAAAAGAAAGCACUUGACCAAUUAGUCUGUUUCUGUCCCUGUUUAAAAUCUGAUAUUUAUCAUUUCUAUAUGCGUUUUGUCAACAAAAGAAAUGAGGACAACCGAAAAAACAACCGAAGCAUAAUGAAAUGAUUGAGAUGCUCAGGUUAAGUGGAGCCUGUUCAGUCAAAGGCCAGAUCUGUUUGAAUGUACCAGUUUCAUUGUCACUGUGUUCAGUGCCAGUGAGAAAUAUCUGACCGAGUUAGGGCUUUUUCAGUUUUGACAUUACACUUGUGAACAUGAACUAAUGAUAAGCAACUGAAGAAGGUUACAAUUCCUUUCUUUUUCUUUUCUUUUUUUUUUUGUGUUUCUGGUAUGGCUCAACAUCUGGAGUGUUUUCCCUAGAUUGGGUUGAGUUGUGCACUGGCAUGGUUGGAAAUAUUUCUAGUCCCUUGACAAGCCUUACUUCCCAAAAAUGUUCAAUCUGCUUUUAUUUUUAUUUUUAUUAAAACAUUAUUUUAUAUUUUUUAUGUGCCCGUGUAUUGUACCUAGUGUUCCCAUGUAAGGAAAAUGUCCUUUUCUAGACAGACCAGGGUGGUCGGCCUAAUGCGAGCAUUUGUUACUUACAGAUUGAAAUGUAAGCCAUCUGUUUUCAAGCUGGAAAUAACACAUUUAAAAUUCUAAUUGUUUUCCUAAUACUGUUUUCAGAAUCUUCCACGACCAAGCAGUGCGGGUGAAAAUUCCUGACCUUUAAACUGGUAUUAAUGAUUGGUCUGUUUAAGAAAAUUGGCCUUACAAAUUUGGUCUGUUUAAAACAAAUUGCUGUGGAGUUUAUUUGUUUUUCUCUUGGGACGAUGCUGGUCUGAAUGGGCACAGACAGAACAGUGAUUGUGAUGUGAGGGUGAAUAUCUGGGUGCUCUUACCCUGUAUAUCAAGGCCACUUCAGCCUGGUUCUGGAGUCUUUUCUGCAAAUUGUGCUGAAUUAUUGUAUUCAUUAAACUGACUCGGAUUA